CGCACCGUUCUUCGUCUUCCCGAACGAAUCACGGGGUGCCACCAGACCAGCAGCUCCCUGCCGAUCCAGCCCCGGCAAAAUCCCCAACCGGCGCACGGCGACACCAGCGAGCGGAGCGGCCGAGCGGGGGAGGAAUCGGAAGGGGCAAGAGCAGAGCGCGAAUCCCUCCGACGAAUCCAAGGUUUCGAGCGGCAGAUACAGGCGAGUCUCGAUGGCGGAGGGGUCCAAGCCGGACGUGCCGCUGUUCCAGCUCCUCAGCGACCUUCUCCAGCAGGUGGAGUCAAUGAGCAAUCAGGAAGAAGUAGAGUUGCGUGCUAAGAUCGAAGCAUUAGGAUUAGAAGUCACCAAGGUACCAGAGCAGGCGCCUAAGCAUCUCAGUGAGCUAGAAAUAGCUGCAGAGCUGGACAAGCUAUCAUCGAGGCUUGAUAAUGUCGACAAGAUGAUAUCGUCUGCCAUGGCCUCAGAUCCAGAGGUGAAGUCUCUCCUAAGCAGCACAUCUGAUAUCUGGAUGCCGGUCAUAACAGCGUCUGCCGAUGAGAGACGGGGGUUUUCAGGGACGAGCAGCGAAGGCAGCCGGGAAGAGCAGGAGAAUUCCAAGCAAUAGCUGGCACAUGGGCUGUGAUAGUUUCAUUUUUUGCGUAUGUAUAACCUUAUAUAUGUUCAUUUGAACUAGUGUUUCCAUAUAAUGUGUGUGAUUGUUAUUGGUUAAUCUAUAUUGUGACAUAAUAAACAAUAAAAACACAUGUCCUUCAUGUGUGAUGAUUAAUCUAAAUUGUGAGACCUUAGAGCAAA